UUACACAAUCAAAAGUAAAGCUAAACCACAUUAAAAAAACUUUCAAAGUGGGAAUCGAAACUGAGUGUAUAUGUUUACAAACUUGAAGGUCAUCAACAGUAUACUGAGCAUAAUUAUAUAAAGCCAACAACAGUUUCUUAUAACUCAUAGCCAAGUAUACUGCUGACAGGAAGAUGAAGACCAUUGUUGGGUUUGCUCUAUUGUUCUGUGUGGCUACAGCUGUUGGAAAACCAGCAAGGCCACAAGACCUUCCCAAAUGUCUUGAAGGAGCAUGGUAUGAAUUUGCUGCCAAAAAUGAAGCUUGCUCCAACAAAAUAAUGGAAAUGUUACAAAAUCAAAAGGUCAAUGACAGCUACAUUGGAUCUCUGUGUGCCAGUGCUUGUGCAAAAGAAGCCAACGACUACAUGAGAGACAAGUGUGGAGUGAUGUCCCUUGCAGACGUUUUUUGUUCUCAAGACCCAAUAGACCAGCAUUACUGCUUUAGGUACAAUAAAACACUCAACACUUCCGGCCAAUAUUAUGAUGCUGUGCAAGGACCCUGUGCCACCAAGGACUGCAGUGAUCCAACAUGCAAUGCUGCAGUGAAAAAUAUAAGUUGCUGUGCUAAGGAGCUAAACGAGUUUAGUACAGACUUUGGUGGUCAUAUGCCCUUCCAAUUACCUGGUAUCUGUGUGUUACCGGGAAAGUGUGCCAAAAUUAAACGUCUGGACAUGACAAAGAUUCUCCUACAGAACUAGUAGCUACCAGUGAACUACUAGUGACAAUAUUGACUGCAUAGGACAUUCGUGUGAACUGUUUAGUUAUACACAUGUAUAAUGUAUAGUACUCGUAUGCUACGAGAGCCUG